GUAGCAGUUACAAGGAAGGAAUAAUCAGUUUGGGCAUUCAUUUAAUUUGCGUUUGUAAAUAAAAAAAUUGCAAGAGCAUAUAUAUAAACAAUUAAAAUUAGUGAUAAAAUAUGGAUAUAAACAUUAAGUCUGAACCAGACAUACUUGAAGAUACGGUUUCCCAAUCAUGUGAGUUUCUCGAUGAAAAGCCAGAUAUGGCCACAAUUGGAGACACGAAUGUGAAGAUUAAUCUUCAAAAGAAAGUUCGCGGAAAAAUCCGACACGCAAAAUAUCAAACUAAAAAAAAAUAUAACAGUGCAUUUAAAAAUUGUAAACAUAUAGGUGAAGUAAAAAAAAUGGACGAAUUUACACUUUAUUUGAAGAAACGAUUUCUGGAAACAUUUCACCGGGAAGGUUGCACGCCACAAGUAGUUGCAGGAUAUGCGAAAGGAUAUAAUAUCAAUGUCGAGGAAGUAAACGAAUUUUUUGAUGCGGCCGCCAAAGAAGCCCAGCAGUACGUAUAUCAAGAAUGUGAUUCGUUGAGUUUUAGUAACAUCACAGAAUGGUUGAAUUAUUUCCAAGCAUCUGGUGUGUCAUCGCAGUGUAACUAUGAAUCGGCUUUAGUUAUGAACGCCAUAGCGAAUAAUGAGUAUCAUCCUGAGCCGGAGGCCAUGCUAGGUGUUAAUUUUAAAGCCAUUUACAAAUUUCUUAGUAACGCUUUAAUGGGCCGGCCACAAACACCAUUGGAUGAAGCUUCGGCCAAAUUUCUAUCCAACGAAUUUCAGAAUCUAAUAAAUGAAGCAAACACUGACGAAGCCGAUGAUGAUGUACGAAACAUGAAAAGAAAAAUUGAAUAUUCUUUAAGUUUUAAUAACACAAAUCAUAGAUUCUAUAAUUUGGAUCCUUUAAAUACAGAUCAUGCACAGUUAGAAAGGUGUUGCAUUACAAAUGUAAAUUAUAACAAUUUAAAGCUUAAAAAUAUUGUAACAAUGUUGAAAAAAUAAUAAAAAUAAUUUUAGUAAUAAACAAUAA